CUGACUACCCAUAAUGCGUGCUGUGUGCACGUCAGUCUUUAACAGGUGUGUACUAAGCGUUUAGCCAACCUACUGUAGACCAACACGGGGAAGUUAAACGAUUUACCCAAGAUACUAACUACAGUUUGGCAGAGUUACCAGAGAUGGAUUAAAGUUUUUCAUUGAAUCCUGUGGAAUAAGAGUUCGCAUUUGUUUUCAUCUGUUUUCCAGUCGUGUAAUGCUUCACUGUGGACAUUCAAUCUGCCUCACAUAUCUGGAGAAGAGCAGGAGAUUUAAGGCAGGUUCAUCUCACAACCACUGCCCAGAUUGCAGAGUGGAGUAGCAGAAUUCUGAAUUUGCAUAGAGGAAGCUUACAAUGGAAAACACAGUUGAAAGUUACAAGGCCACACUUCAGGAAACGGCUGAAGGUGCACCUCAAAGAGGCGUGGAAAUAGAUGUGAUGAAAAGAAAAUAUGAGCCAUCAUGUCCUAGCCAGGGAGAAGAUGGAGAAGAUGGAUGUGAAGCAAUGUCCAACCAUGGUAAAGAUGUUGCUGAUCAUUCAGACUGUAUAGAAGUCAAGUUAUCUGAUGAGCUAAGCAAACGUAGAUCUCGAGUAACUCCUGUGAUGAUGGACAUCCAAGCCAAGAUUGAACUGGUGGACGAUCUGUUGGCCAAUGCAAAGAAAAAAGAGGCAGCAGUCAAGACAUCAAACACCAACUUCAAAGCAGAAGUGCAAAUGGUUCUGGAGGAGAUGGUGGAGCUUCUGAGGAGCUACAGCACAGCAGGGAUGGAGCUUCUAGAGGCCCAGUUAAGGCCAAAAGAGGAGCUUUUGGAGACCAGUGUUCAAACACUGUCAGAUCUCCAUAGGCAGCUUAAGGAAACAGAGCUCCAGGUUAACACCUUGUUGGAAGAGCAAGAUGAGGUUACAUUUUGUAAAGAGAUCCAGGGGGUUGAGAAACUUGCUGCCAGCCUGAUUGUCGAACCUCAGAAAAUUGGAGCGAGUGAUGAGAAUGAGGCAAACAUCAACAUGACCCAUAUGUGUGAGGAAAUGGAACACCGCAAUUAUGACCUCCAUCUCAAACUUGGAGCUGCCAAUCGUCGUUUACGAAAUAUCCUCAACCCUUCUGAGGUGACUUUUGACUCUGAGACUUUGCAUCCUUGCCUGUUGUUGUCUGAGGAUCAUAAAACUGUGUCCUUCAGUGUUGUUAAACAACCUUAUCCAGCUGGGCCACAGAGGUUCACCAACUACUUUCAGGCUCUGAGUUCCCAAAGUUUUUCCAAAGGAGAACAUUGCUGGAUUCUGCAAGCUGAAGGUUGCCCAUGGGUUCUGGGACUGUGCUAUGGGGGGCUGCCCCGCUCUGGUACUGAAAGUGGUCUAGAAAGCAGAAGUGGAGCUUGGUGCCUAAUGUGGUAUGAUAACCUACUUAGGGCAUAUGAAGGAGGAAGAGAAACCCCACUCAAGCGUACCCCUUUUUUCCAGAAGCUGGAGAUCCGCCUUAGCUUCAGGAAAAAUUGUGUAACAUUUUCUAGCAUAAGCAAUGUUAAUGGAGCCAAAACUCAUCUCCAUACUUUUAAUGUGAGCUUCACUGAGCCUGUCUAUUUGGCUGUGAGAAUGAUGUCUGGUCAGCCUAAAGCUCGAAUAACACUGUGCGAGUAAAGUUAAAUCCACCUCAUAGAACACUCUUAAAGAUAACACUGCAUGUGUUAAUUUUGAACACACCUGCAUGUCUAGUCAAGGACAACACAUUCUGUGUUUAGAAACGUUUCAAAAGUCCGAUGGUUGCCACUAGGGGGUGUUGAUCUCAACGUGAACCCAUGAACCAGUGUCUACUAGGGUUUUAACUGAUUCCGGGUCAGUUUUAUGUAUAUAUGUUAAUAAAGCUUUAGUGAAUCAAUUGGGUUUGUACUGACCCAUGAUCAGUGCUCACUUCAGGAUGCCUAAUUAAUCACCUGACGCCAGAUUUUUACUACAAAACAAACAAGUCUAGGCCAGAUGUGUGUUAAGAACUUCUGUUUUUAAAUAAAAAUUCAUAAUGACAUUUCUGGUUUGUUUUAUUCUUGUCACAGUUUUAUUUUUGUAGAACAUAACUUCCCUUUCACACACAGGCUUAUAUGGCUUAAAACAGCAUAUGCAAUAUAAAUAAAGUGCAUUGUUACAAAC